AUGGGCGCCCUGACGGACACCCGCAAGCGCCGCUUCGUUGACCACCACCGCCUCCCCUUCUCCCCCCACCCCUCUCCGAUUCCUCCUUAUCUUCCCCUCCCCCUCUUUCCAAGAAACCCAAGCUUUCGUCCCCGCCGCCUGCCCCCCAGCGCGUCCCUGAAGCACCGCCGCCGCCGCCUGACGCCGCCCGUCCCCCCACCCUCCGCCGCUUCCCCCCGUCGCCCCCCUCAGCCGCCCCGUCCACGGCCCCCAGCGGAUCCUCAGGGCCUUCGGCCUCGGCGCGGCCGGGUCGGUUCAACCCCGCUCGCUGGAUCUCGUUCUAGGGAGAGAACCGGAUAUCGAGAUGGGGGUCUCGUGUCGCGGUACCUCCAGGCGAAGAAAGCUGCGUCUUUGUCUUCUUCAAGGCAGCGGCGGGAGAAGGGGGAGGUGUCGUUUGGUCAUGGUAGGGUUCAGGGAUUGGAGGACGAUGGAAGUCAUGAAGGGUUGGGAUUGGAGCAGUACAAGAAGUUGCCGUGGUGCAGAGGGCGAGGAGCUAUCUGUUCGCCUGCCAUGAACCGGAAGGUGGAGGAUGCGAGUGUUGUGGAGCUGGAGUCCACGCCGGCGAGGGAGGAGAAGGUGUGGGUCAAGAAGAGCCCACUGUACAAGGAGCUGUAUGAGGAUUCUGUAAGGAAGCAUGAUUCGAAAUUGAGUAGCUUGGAAUUUGAAGUGAAGUUGGCCGAGAAGAAGAUAUCUUCCUUCCGCUUGGCUCAUGAGGCGCUGAAAAAGAAACCCAAGGAGGACUUGGAUGAACCUUUUGUCCCUCUUACAGAUGAAGAAGAGGAGGACGUAUACCUUGCUCUGCAUGGUAGAAACAGUCGUGAAGUCCUUGUCAUCCAUGAACCUUCUAACAUUGAAAUAACAAGAGAGAUCCUGCAGUGCUUGAGUUGUGGUGCUUGGCUAAAUGAUGAGGUCAUAAAUCUGUACCUUGAACUAUUGAAGGAGAGAGAAAGAAGGGAACCAAAGAAGUUUUUGAAAUGUCAUUUCUUUAACACAUUUUUCUUUAAGAAGCUUAUUAGUGGGAGAAAUGGUUAUGAAUUCAAGGCUGUAAAAAGGUGGACGACAAAGGAAAUAGGGUACGGCCUUAUUGAGUGUGACAAAAUUUUUGUUCCAAUACACAAAGAGAUACACUGGUGUUUAGCAAUUAUCAAUGUAAAGGAUAAGAAGUUUCAGUAUCUUGAUUCACUUGGUGGAAUGGACAUGACGGUGUUGAGAGUAUUGGCGAGAUAUUUCAUGGAUGAAGUUAAGGACAAGAGUGGCAAAGAGUUGAGCACACAGUCUUGGAAGCAAGAAGCAGUUGAUAACCUUCCUCUCCAGAAGAAUGGGUGGGACUGCGGGAUGUUCAUGCUAAAGUAUGCAGACUUUUACAGUAGAGGUUUGGACCUCUGUUUUGGACAGGAACACAUGGCAUAUUUCAGGAAGAGGACAGCCAAGGAGAUUCUGAGGCUGAGAGCUGAAUGAAUCAAAGCACACGUAUGGGAAUUUUUUAAACCCUCAACAGGUUGUCACAACUGGAAUUACAGUUUCAUACUGAUAAGCUACGUGAAUGUGGUUCUUGGAUAUGCCUCUGGCCAUCAUUUGGUUCCAGAAGCAGCACUUGAUUGAGGCAUUAAGUGGAGCCUAUGAACAUUAGUUCCAUCUGCAUGCUCCAGUCAGAGUAUACACAAGCAUUUGUAAACCAAUUAGUGGAAACCUUGAUCGGUGAGAAA